CAGUGUGAGAGAGUGUCUGUGCCAUUAGCGGCUCUACAGAGACGGAAAUCACUGCCUGUUCGAACCUCUGCGGAGGAAAUCUAUGUUCGCUUGGACAGAGACUGUAUGGUGCCACAUGUCUUUAAUAUGCCUUCGGAGAAAGGUAUUUUGCUAGAAAUCAAUGAAAACAACGGAACGAGAACAGAGGACCAUCAACCUAAAAAAGAUUCAACAGAGGUUAAAGUUCAACAUGAACCUAAAUUGCAGAUCAAGGGAGAAAGAGGAACAUCCACUGUAAGCCCAAGAUCGGAUCUAUCUCAACAUCAAACACAGAAAAUGAAUAAGGUUGAAAAUAAGAACAUGCCACCAAACGAGAAUGAUGUCCUGAAAUCCGUCAUUGCUGCAUCAAUGGUGACCCAGAGGAUUGUUAUUGCUCCACCUAAGAAGGAAGCCCAAGAUGACAGGAAAACGUCACAGCUAAACACCAAAGCACCUGUUCCUGUGACAACGACUGGGGUUUUGCCCAACACAAUCGGACUGAAGCAUACUGAAGCAGUGAAUGUAACCCUACCAAAUCGUACCGUACCGAAAACAGCUGAACUGGUUGUUCCAGCAAUGCCUCAAUGUACAGCUCCAUUGGUACCCAACAAUCCUCCCAAGCUGACUUUACCAGAUUCAACACCGAUCCAAACAUUUCUUCCUGUAGCAACUGUGCAGAGUUCUGGACAGUCAUCAGUAAAUACACCUACAACAAAAAUGACAACAUCACAAGAUGCAACAUUGUUACCACCAAGCCACAAACCACCAAAAUCAAUGGGUCUGAAUGUUACUACAGCCACCAAAGAGGCUUUCGUGCUCAGACAAGUGCAGAGCUGCCCUAAUUCCUUACAGAGAUUACAGGUCACUGGUGGAAAGGCAGAUUUGGUCCACACAAUAUCAACACCUCUGGCUAAUAAAGGGACCGAAGCAGCCAUAGCCGCAAACCAUGUUUCAGGUGGAAUACAGAUUAAAAUAACUCCAGCUACAGACAAGAAUCCAGUACAAACGAAGAACAAUAACCCUCCUAAGACAUGUUUUAAAGUUAUUGAUGAUGUUUCACCUCAGCCCGCGCUUUUCAAUCACCGGUUUGUGUCGCUGAAGUCUAACCCUCCACCCAGUGAUACCUUCAGUAUCCACACCAGAGAAGUGCUGGGAGGUGGUCGCUUUGGCAAAGUGCACAAAUGUACGGAGACUAAGACAGGGAUGAGACUUGCUGCUAAAAUCAUCAACACAAGAAAUGCCAGAGAAAGGCCAGACCCUCAACAAUGUGCACCACGAGAGAAGCUCAAAGUUUCAUUCGGAACGCCUGAAUUUUUAGCUCCGGAGGUGGUGAACUUCGAUUUUGUCUCCUUCCCUACAGAUAUGUGGACGUUGGGAGUUGUCACAUACAUGCUCUUAAGUGGCCUCUCUCCUUUUCUGGGUGACGACGACAGCCAGACCCUCAACAAUGUGCUUAUGGGCAACUGGUACUUUGAUGAGGAUGCAUUUGAGCACGUGUCUGCUGAGGCUCGGGACUUCGUUUCCAACCUGUUGAUCAGAGAAAGAAGUGGUCGUCUGAGUGCUACACAGUGUCUCAAACACCCGUGGCUUAACAACAUCACUGAGAAAGCCAAGAGCACCAACAUUGUGCUCAAGUCUCAGGCUCUUCUCAAGAAGUAUAUGGCCAGACGAAUGUGGAAGAAAAACUACAUAGCUGUUGCUGCAGCCAAUAGGUUUAAGAAGAUCGGAAGUUCAGGUUCCCUAACUGCGCUUGGGUCAGAGACGUCCUACUGACUGUGCUCACUAUGUGUGCUUUUAUAAUAUGCAGAUAAUGUCUUUGUAUUGCUGUGCUGUAUUGCCACCCACCUUUCGUAUUUGAAUACUCUCUGGCUGCCAAUAUAAUGAUUCAAAUGCAUCUGUAACAUGCAAUAAAACUGAU